AUGCAUUCCGCGCUCAACCGUGUGCAGGCCGUCUUUGGCUUCUUCACCACCGUCGCCCUGGUGGUGGCUGCCGCGGCAGCAUUGUCCACCCUGCUCUUCCCUACGGCCGACACCACCGCGUCGGUGCAGCUGAAGAAUGUCCAAGUCGUGAAAGGCCGCCCACACUACUACUCAACUAAGCGCGAAGAAUACGCCCAAUUCCGCUUCGACCUCGACGCAGACCUAACGCCCCUCUUCAACUGGAACACGAAGCAGGUCUUCGUCUACGUCUACGCAACCUAUUCCUCCUCCGACAAUCCCAAUACGCGAGAAAUUCUUCGACGCGCUCCCCUCUCUCUGACCGAGAAGAUCUCGCCCACGGCCGCGAAGCGCGUCGCGAAGAACAACCGGGCGAAGGCUAGGGCCAAGAAGACCGGCAAGAAGGAGGCCAAGAAGGCGCCGGAACCUGCACCCGGGGUCCUCAGGCUGCGCGGCCAAAAGGCGAAGUAUCAGAUUGGAGACGUGACGGGUGUCUUGGCGGAGCGCCAUAAUGUGUCGCUGGCUGUGGGGUGGAAUGUGCAGCCUUGGGUUGGGGCGUUGUGGUGGAGUCCUGGAUCGGGGGCGGUGCCGCGGACUGAGGGGACGGUGCUGAGGAGUGCCGCGUUCGAUCUUCCUGAACUAAAGGGGAAGAAGCCUGAGGGCCAACAGGUGUAA